UAUUGAGGCAGCACUGACCUCAAAUUAUUCUUCAUUUUGGAAAUUAAAAAAGUUCAGCUGGGUCAUUGCCUUUAAUAUCAAUUUAAAUUCAUUAUUACACAUUAACCAAAAAAUACUUGUAUAGUGUAAUAAAUCAUAUAUAACUUCUGUACGAAUAUAUCUCCAUAGCAAGCUUGCGCAUUAAAUUGUGCGCAUCAUCAAAACAUAUCUGGAAGCCAUUUUGUUUAUUUUCGAGGGUAGGCAGAUACUUCGGAAAUUCAUGGUCUUACAAAUUGACAGUCCGUAGAUAUAUAUAUUAAUUUUGAUAUAUAUGGUUGCGUUGUUUCCCCUGGCAACAGGGGGUGAAGAAAUCUGCAGACAUUGGGCGCAAUUCAAGUAAACCCGUCAAACAUACCGUGUCGGGUAAAAACUACCAUUCAACUGAACGUGUGACUUUAAAGAAAUCAAAACUUGAAUAUCAGCCGGCACCCAUUGGAAAUAUGAAUCAUAUCAGAUUUCAAACUGUGCAUUUAAUGAAAGAAGAUGGAAUGGAGGAUAUGGACACACAAGAAGUUGAGGCUAUGGAAACCCUUGUAGAUGGAGGAGGCGGUGAUGUUACUGAGAGUGGAACAAUCAAUGGUGAAAUGCAUGAUCCAAUUCUUCUGGAUACCGAAAUGGAAGAAGAUGAUGCAAGAUCUGAGGCAACUUUCCGCCAUACAGUUGUCAACUUUAGUAAAUUAAAGGAUUCUCAACUGUCGGCGCCAUGUAUCGUACGGAACCUACCAUGGAAAAUCAUGGUUAUGCCUAGGAACUCCCAAACACAAGAUAGGCAACAGACCCGCAGUCUUGGAUUUUUUUUACAGUGUAAUGGAGAGUCUGAAAGUACCACAUGGAGCUGUCAUGCUUCCGCAGAGCUACGACUUCUGUCUCAAAGAGAAGUAGGAGAGCCAUUUUGUCGAAAAAUCCAACAUUUAUUCUACAGUAAAGAAAAUGAUUGGGGAUUUAGUCACUUUAUGGCUUGGAAUGAAGUUUUAGAUCCAGAGAAAGGAUAUAUUAAAGAUGAUAGUAUCAUUCUUGAAGUCCAUGUAACUGCUGAUGCACCUCAUGGCGUUAGCUGGGACUCGAAAAAACAUACAGGUUAUGUAGGUUUAAAAAAUCAGGGUGCUACCUGUUAUAUGAAUUCUCUUUUGCAAACACUUUACUUUACAAACGAACUUAGGAAGGCUGUGUACAAAAUGCCGACUGAAAGUGACGAUUCUAGUAAGAGUGUUGCCUUAGCUUUACAAAGAGUUUUUCAUGAACUGCAAUUUAGUGAUAAGCCUGUCGGUACGAAGAAACUGACUAAAUCUUUCGGAUGGGAAACACUUGAUUCAUUUAUGCAACAUGAUGUUCAAGAAUUUCUUAGAGUUUUAUUAGAUAAAUUAGAAAGUAAAAUGAAGAGAACUUGUGUAGAAGGCACUGUACCAAAGCUUUUUGAAGGCAAAAUGGUGUCAUUUAUCAAGUGCAAAAAUAUUGAAUACAAAUCUACGCGCAUGGAAACUUUUUAUGAUAUCCAACUCAACAUCAAGGGGAAGAAAAAUAUUACCGAGUCAUUUAAUGACUACAUAACCGCUGAGGUUUUGGACGGCGACAACAAAUAUGAUGCUGGUGAGCACGGCUUGCAGGAUGCUGAAAAGGGGGUUAUAUUUUCAAAGUUUCCUCCGGUUCUCCAUCUGCACCUAAUGAGGUUCCAGUACGACCCUAUGACCGAUUGCUCAGUUAAAUUUAAUGAUAGGUUUGAAUUUACUGAGAAAAUUAACCUCUCUGAAUAUUUACAACAACCAGAAUCAACUCCUGCUAUAUAUACCCUCCAUGCAGUUUUGGUUCACAGCGGAGACAAUCAUGGAGGUCAUUAUGUUGUUUUCAUCAAUCCUAAAGGCGAUGGCAAGUGGUGCAAGUUUGAUGAUGAUGUCGUUUCUCGUUGUUCUAAACAAGAAGCAAUCGAUAAUAACUUCGGCGGUCAUGAUGAUGAUAUGAAUAUGACUGUGAAACAUUGUACAAAUGCAUAUAUGCUUGUUUAUAUUAGAGAUUCAGAACUUGCGACAGUUCUUCAAGAUGUUACAGAGGAAGAUAUACCUCAAGAGUUGGUUGAAAGGCUGCAGGAAGAAAAAAGGUUGGAACAGAUCCGUCGAAAGGAGAGAGCCGAAGCUCACCUUUAUAUGACUGUUCAGGUAGUCUUAGAAGAUACCUUCGAUGGCCAUCAAGGGAAUGAUCUAUAUGAUCCGGAGAGAGCCCAUUAUAGAGUUUUCAGAGUUAAGAAGCAACUCACUCUUCAAGAAUUCAUGGAGCAACUCUCAGAAACCUUGAGGUAUCCAGUCGAACAAAUGAGGCCAUGGCCUUUAAGCACGAGAACUAAUAUGACCUACCGCCCUACAAUGUUAGACAUUGAGGGAGAAUUGCAUCGAGCGAUGCAGGAUAUUGCUGAAUGCGCAAAUCCAUGGAACAUAUUUUUAGAAAUCUUAUCGCCAGAUGCUGGUCUCAAUGCUCUUCCUCCCUUCGACAGAGAUUCUGAUGCCCUUCUAUUUUUCAAAAUGUACGAUCCGAAAACGAAAAAAAUAUAUUAUUGUGGUCACCAUUACAUGCCCGUAGCAUCUAAAGUCUGUGAGCUUAUACCGAUAUUAAAUGAAAGAGCUGGGUUUCCUCCCGAUACUGAACUAUGCCUUUAUGAAGAGAUAAAACCAAAUGUAGUCGAAUUAAUUGAUGGAAGAAAUGAUCCUCUCGAAAAGGUUUUAGAUGAGCUCAUGGAUGGCGAUAUAAUUGUAUUCCAAAAAGAUGAGAAAGAUGAUGAAUAUGACCUUCCUACCUGCAAAGAUUAUUUCAGGGAUCUUUAUCAUCGAAUGGAGAUUACUUUCUGUGAUAAGACAGUUCCUAACGACCCUGGUUUUACUAUGGAGUUAUCUGCCCGUAUGACUUACAUACAGUUUGCCUCCGCCGUUGCCCAGAGGGUACAGACGGAUCCUUAUAGGCUUCAGUUCUUUAGGCCUCAUGCGUAUAAGGAAGGCCCAGGUAAUCCAUUGAGGUGUUCCUACGAAGGCACUCUAAAGGACCUCUUACCACACACAAAGCCGAAAGCCCCGAAGAAAUUGUAUUAUCAACAGCUUUCAAUUCCUGUUAAUGAACUUGAAAACAAAAGGCCAUUUAAGGUCGUAUGGGUUGGUCCAAAAAUGAAAGAAGAAAAAGAAAUUAUUUUAUAUCCAAAUAAAGGAGCAACAGUUGCUGAUCUUCUUGAAGAAGCUAAGAAAACCGUUGAGAUGAGCCCAGAUGGUUCAGGAAAGCUUAGAAUUUUAGAAAUGACGUGUAAUAGGAUUCAUCCAGGCCCUCGCGAUGAUACGCCGCUAGACACUCUCACCCAACCUAGUUCGAGUACACCUAAAAUAUAUAGGAUAGAAGAAAUUCCCAAGGAUGAAUUAAAUAUAGCAGAGGAUGAGCUGUUAGUUCCUGUGGCACAUUUUUAUAAAGAUAUUUUUUCAACAUUUGGAAUUCCAUUUUUGGUCAAGAUUAAAAAUGGUGAACCAUUCUCAAGAGUUAAAGAAAGACUGUAUAGGAAAUUAUGUAUUCAAGAAAAAGAAUUUGAGAAGUUCAAGUUCGCUAUUGUUUCUGGUGGACGUCCUGGUUUUAUUAAUGAAGAUUCAGAAUACACUGUGAACCUUCAGGAAUUUAAGCAAAAUCAAGGAUCUGUUAAUGCAAAUAGGCCUUGGCUGGGUUUAGAACACAUCAAUAAAGCACCUAAAAGAGGACGAUUCAACUAUUUAGAAAAAGCAAUUAAGAUCUAUAACUGAUACGUACAUUCUGUCUGUGUGUCUCAACUUUCAUAUAAACCAGUUUGUUAUUGAAGUUAAAACAUACACAUUCACACUCUCACACACACAUUUAUACAUAUAUAUAAAUAUAUACAAAAUAUAUUUAUGUAUAUAGAUGAUAGGAAUUAAUUCAAAGUAUAUAAAAAAAAAAAAAAAAAAAGCCAAAUCCAAAAAAUGGACAAUACGGUUUUUAUUUAUAAAACCAGUGAGGGAUUUCAUCUUUCUUUUUUUUCUAAUAUUUUUUUUUGUUUGUUUUGUUUUUUUGUUAAUGCUAUCUCGAAUGAUGUUCUCUCAUUUAUAAUAAUAUGUGCUAUUGGUGCCAGAAAGUGGUGGAAAUAUAUAAUUGACCGUGCCAAGAAAUAUUUGACUCGUGACGUUGGAACUAGAGACUUGUGGGCAGUGAAAAGUGUUCUUUGAUCCUGUGUAUUUCGCAUGCAGCGGCCAGUGAACAAAAUACCAUUGUUCAUGUUGGACUUCCGAAUAUAUUUCGGCAUAAAUAUUAUGUAGAGUAUAUUUGCUAUUUUUAUCUGAAGCAGUAAAGCUUGUUUUUAUUUUAGAAAAGUAAGGUGAUCCAACUUUUUAUCUCUAUGCAAGAGAAAUACCUUCAAAUGAAAUGUUGUGUUAUUAUAUAGUGUAUUUAUUAUUUAUAUAUAUAUAGAGAUUAUGAUAAUUAAUAAUAGUUACUCUUGACUUGACUGUCUACUUUUUAUUUUUUAAAUGUAUUUUAAUUUAUGUCACUUCAGAAUAAUUGAUUAAAGAAGUAUAAAUAAUUUUUGAAUCAAAAUUAUUUCUAGUGUUUAUUUUUUUAAAAUAACAUCAAUUGAAACUAUAUAUAAAUCUUAAGUUUUUCAUUUCAAACGUUCAACUGAAUCGAUUGAAGAAAUUAAAUAAGGCACUUCAUUCUAUUUUUUUCUUUUGACAAUCAGUCUUCGUAUAAAUUUUUAAAUGGAAAAAAAAAAUUAAAUCUGAUGCAGAAUUAAAAUAUUCUCCCCUUACUCUCUUUAACAUAAAGUUCAUUCAAAAAAGCUUGCCUGCCUUAAAUAAAUUCUUUAAAGGAAGUUUUUUUUUUUUUAAUUUUUUGUGUUUUUUACAUUAACCUAAAUUUAUUGCUUUUAUUAAUUUAACAUGAUAGUGCCAUGUCAAAUUGGCGAGUAGUUCUGUCAGCACUAUAUUAUACAAUACAAUCAAGAAAAAAAUAUAUAAUAAUAAAUAAAUAAAUAAAAAAAAAUGGUUGUGCAUAUUUCUAACAAAGGUUUUCAAAAAUAAAAUUUUGUUACAAUAAUCUUCCUGAAGUGUAUUCUGUUGCCUUGUGUGUCUGUUUUAAUUGUUAUUCAGUGACUAUAUAUUUUUUAACUGCUAUUAUUAACUCUUAAAAAUAAAAUUUGAAAGCCCUUUCAAUAUUUGUAAAUAUUGUUAUUUUGUAUAAUUGUAUAUAAUAUAUAUAUAGAUAAAUCUCUAUGAAUUUUAUUUUGUUAUUCGGAGGUUUACAACAUGGACAUUGUUUGAAAUUCUUCAUGAGGUUAUUCAUAUAUAACUUCCUGUAUAGGUCAUUUUUAAUGUUAUAAUCAUCCUAAAUAAUUAUUAUGCAAGAAAAAAUAAUAAGUUUUGAAUCUUUUUCUCACGAUGAAUUUGAAAUUUUUGCAUAAUAAUGCCGUCAUAUAAUAUUUAUUAGACCUAUUUUCUUAGAAUCUUUUAACUUUUCUCAUUUUCACUAAUUUUUUGUAAAUUUUGUAAUUGGUUUGACAUUAUAAGGGAAAUUUACUAAGUAAUUAAUUUGUUUUGUACAGCUCACAGAACACGCAUUGUUAAAUUAAUUUUAAAGAAAAUGUAAAUAAAGAAGUAGGAAAGAAAUAUCGUAAUUUUUUCCAGGGGUUACUGUCUAGUAAUUUAUUUUUAUAUAUCGUAAUAACAUAUUUUGAUUUUAUUAAAAAUAAAAUUUAAGAUGAGCUAUUCUGUAUUGUUUUACCUUUCAGAAUAGUAUUACGUUUUUUUGUCAUCAUACAUUAUUUUCUUUAAACUCACUUUCUCUUAUGAGCUAAUUAUGAAAUGAUUAUUAUUUUGAAAUUAUUCUCUCUUCUGUUGAAAUGAAUUUAAUUAUUUAACGCUACUCAAUUAAUUUGAAGUAGUCUUUUUCAGUAAGCAGAGUAACUGUUAUUGUAUCUACUUCUUCUGUACAUAUUUAACUCAACCCAUGUCUAAAUUAAUGGAAUUUGUUGGGCUUUAAAAAUGUUAUUUUAAAAUCCUGUAUUUCUUUGCAUAUUUGUUACUAACUAAAAUAUAAUACUAAAGUACAUAUAUGCAUCAACGUGCAGGUAUGUGCCUAUUUGUAUCAAUGAACAUU